GCAGGUUAUAGACGCAUUUUACGUCGAAAUAAGUUUGAUUAAAUGGAAUUGUAUGUAAAAUUCAUCAUCGCUUAAAUAUUUACCUUGUAAAACAUUAAAACUUAAUGAUCAGUUCGAAGAAGAAAGUAUCAGUAGAAAGUAUUGUGAAAAAGAAAUUCGGAAAUUUUUUGUGGAUGUCGAUAAUCUUUACUUUCACGUGAGGUUUUUUAUCGCAUUGUUUAGUACAGAAUUCAGUGAAAAAGAGCACUAAGGAUUUGUUUUCAAUUUGCAUAGCGUUGUUAAAUGUUUACGUUGCCACCUAUCGCAGGUGUUUUAUACUCGUGUCCUGAUAAAGUGUUAAAUCAAUAUUGUAAUUGGGUAUCAAUGUGCUACUGUCAAAUGAGUGUGCAUUUCAAGUGUACAUGCUGACCCAUGAACUCUUGAUGGAUAUAAAUUGCUUUUACAGUGUUUGGAAUUAUUUUGAAGUUUUAUAAAAUUCAUACACAAUGGGUAAGUUUGGCAGCAAGAAAUGCCGGUUGCUGUCCAUGCUAUGGCUGACAGGGACAUUCUUCUUUGUGGAGCUGAUUGUGGGCUAUGUGACCAACUCGAUGGCGUUAGUGGCGGACUCUUUUCAUAUGCUGAGUGAUGUUGCCGCACUUGUUAUUGCAUUCUUGUCUAUUAAAAUGUCACCAAAGAAAUGGUCAAAGAACACAUUCGGGUGGGCGCGAGCGGAAGUGUUGGGCGCGUUGGUGAAUGCCGUGUUCCUGGUAGCUCUGUGCUUCAGCAUCACAGUGGAGGCGAUGCAAAGGUUUAUCAAGAUAGAGAUUAUACAUGACGCAAAGCUACUGGUAGCAGUCGGAGUGUUGGGUUUGAUACUCAAUAUUGUUGGACUCUUCUUAUUCCAUGAACACGGUAGCAGUCAUGGGCACACGCACGGCGGCGUGCCUCCGCCAUCCAACGUGCGCCAUUUGACGGAGAUAGUGAACAGCAAUGCGGACAUGGCACUGGGGCACACGGCGGCCGGCGCCGGUGCCGAGGAGACGGACGAGAUGGUGCCGCCGGGCACCAAGCUGGCCAGCAAGCCCGCCGGCCGCCCCAGCGACCCCGGACAUCUCAACAUGAAGGGCGUUUUCCUUCAUGUACUUUCUGAUGCCUUGGGGAAUAUACGAUAA